AUGCACUGCUCUCGAAGUAACCGAACGAGACUCUGGGGAGGGCUCGUCUGUCUUCUCGCCCAUGUGUCAGUAUCAACAGCUCAUCUCGUGGCAAGGGCCCAACCUGCCGUUUCGCUCCCUACCGACGCACCAAGCCCGAUCCAAGCUGCCGACAAGGCUUCGACGACAACCUUUGAAGAACCACGCAGACUCCAACUCCUAAAACGGGCUGAGAUCAAAGAUAUCGAUAGUUACACGCACUUGGGCUGCUGGGAGGAUGGAAGCAAUCAUAUCCUCGCCUCGACCUACGGGUUUGACAACGGAAUGACCCCCGAGCUGUGCCGAAACAUUUGCUCCCUCCAGAAAUGCAACAUGUUCGGCGUCGAGAACGGCUACCACUGCUAUUGCGGCAAUUCCAUAGAACCCUUUGCGAAUUCAGCCACCGACGACGCAUGCACCAGGACCUGUUGGGGGGCGAAGGACGUAAUCUGCGGCGGCGCGGGCCGGAUGAACGUUUACUCGGCGACGGUUGACUUCCCGGCAGGGAAACAGUUCGGGACGAAUGGUUCCGGCACUUCGGGUGCUACUUCUACAAGACGAAGCAGCAGCAGCACCAGUAGUCCCACGCAGGAUGCAGAUUCCGACGCUGAUGCGGAAGAGUCGGAAGACUCCUCUUCAGGCUCCAGCUCAAGGUCGAGGAAGGGGUCCUCAUCGUCAUCUAAGAAAGGUCUCUCCACCGGGGCUAUAGUGGGAAUCGUUGUUGCCGCUGUAGUGGUACUCUGCGUCGUUGCCGCUCUCCUCUAUUUCAGGCGUCGUAAGCGACUUGCAGCUUCGGGGCACCCAGGCCCUGCGCCGGUAGCCGCCGCCACCGCCGCUGCUGGGCCCGAGAAGACAUUUGCAAACUCGGCAGCUCAAGCUCCGUAUUUUCAACCACAGCCGUCUCCCGCCCCACCGUAUUCUACUCACGCGCCAGUUAGCACUUACCCAUCGCAUGGCCCGACGGGGACUCAGGAGCUGCAAAGUUCAGGCGUACAUGAGAUGGACGGAAGUCGACGUUGA